CUUUACCAUUGUAAAACGCAUUCAAGCGCGAAUUCCUUACAGCAAGGAAAACACAUACAGUAUAUGCAAACUGACUAAAACACAGGCAACAGUGGCAGCCAUUAUAGUGGUUAUACCUGAACAGUAUUAAGACUGGACAUAGGCGGGUGCCAAUUAAUUAUCAGUAAUGGAUCCAUGGAAUAUGGAGGAGACUAACAGCAACACUGAGAUGCUAGUUGCAGUUGACUUGAUGUACUUGACAUAUACAAUGGCUCGUAUUCGUCCAGUGGUCCCCGACAUAUUCGUUGUUCAGAGACUCAAGGAUAUGAAGAAGAUCAAGGCCCUGGAGAUGGACGUGGUACUGCUGCAGUUUUGGCUCGCUGGACUAACAGGUCUAGCCGAAUCUACUACCCUAUCUCAGCGUUUAAUUUGGAAGUCUCUAGUCUCGGUCAAGAUCCCUUAUAUCGUUUCACAAUUUGGUCUCCCUCAAGGCGAGAUAUGUAGCUUGGUAGAAUCUGCUCUUCGACAAUUGUCAUUCUAUCGUGGGAUAUUAAAUGAAUGCGAUCAGAGUAUAGCAGGGGACAGUACAGUAGAACAAUUGGACGUGCUCCGGGCAAUUGCUGUUGGAUGCAUUACGAAGGGGCUUAUCCGACCCAAUCAGCUCCAUGUUCCUCAUGGCUUAACAUCCUUUCAAGACACCUCUGACGACUAUUGCGCUAUCAACCAUUCAUCACUUGAUUUAAUUGAUGAUCUCUGUGGAAGGACUCUAAGUGAUUUUGUGCACCAAGAAAAAUUGGUUAAUCGUAUCAUUCAGGUUUGCAGGGAUGCAGGGUUCAGGAAUGACGUACCUGUACUUUCAAGGCUUUGUCAAACAUUGGAUGAUAACCCGUUGGUGCUAGAUCUCAUCCAUUUCUUGCAGCCACCGUCAGCAUUACUAGUUCCUCUCGAAGGGUUUGUAAAUAAUUUCCAGCAUAGUUUGGGCGAUGAUAUUGACACAUGCAACUCUAAUUUAGAAGGGCUUGGAACAGUUCUGAUUCUUAUCAUGACUAUCAUUCGUCGAUAUGAACUGGCGAGUUGCUUGAAUAGCAUUUUCAAAGAAAAACAGGGAUUUUGUUAUCUCUGGCUCCAUCGCACCUCAGCCGUGAUACCCGCUACAUCCAUGUCAUCCAUGUCAGCGGAUAUGCAUAGCUUGAUGGGAAGAUGGGUCAGUGCUCUUUUCGAUAGCAUGGGAAUCUCGGAUGAUUUGAUCCAAACAUCCAAGCCACAGAUGCUGCUGGAAAUUUCGCCCUCAAUCUUUGCACAGUCUCUUGCCGCUUGUCAAGCAGGCGUGAUCGAUAUUACCACACUCAAUAGCGGGUUGGAUUAUUUUCUUCAGCCCUGCCUGCUAUUUGUGCUAGUUGGUGUCGUCCAAUUUCUUUGUCAGGAAAUUUUAUUCUCAUCUUCAGUAUCAUCGCCGGAUUCAACAAAAGCACAUCUACCGAGCGCACAGCCUGCAUCAGGUUUAAUUCAUGCUCAUUCAUCAAAUAUGCUAUCUCCAACAGGGCACAUUGUCUCACCACUUGCAGCGAAGGGUAUUAGGCCUGUACAUCACUCGAGCCAGUCCAACACAAUGCAUAGUCAUGGGAAUGGAAAGACAGUGGCAGCCGUUGCGAUGUUACAGACAAUUCUCAAAUCUUUACUUACUGGAGAAGCGUUUCCAACACGGCUAAUGCGGCUGCUGAAGAGUGAAAUCCAGGCAGCAUUGGAGCACCAAACGGUGGAUAAUAAUGAUCGUCAGAUGGCCAUUAUCCAGGAGCGCUUGGCAGCAGCUUCUCUUAAUUAUUAUCCUUGGUCUGUAUCUGGUACUUAUGAUGUACCAAAGUUGGCACAACAGACCUCCUUAGCUUUUGAAGCCAUUGCCUUGGGCGGCAGGACAUCUAUAGUGACAAGGAAGGAAAAAGGAUGGCCAGUCUUCGGUGAGUCAUGCUACCACAUCGACGUGGACCUCUUUCGGGCAACACUAUGUCACCUUGGCCCUGCUCAGUUUGCAACUACUAUCCUGAAGCAACUCUUGAAGACUGCCAUGACGCCAAAUGGGAAGCGCGCAGUCGAGUUGGGUGCUGCUAUGAUGACCACGCCAUUGAUAGGAUGCGGAGAUCAGCAUCUUGCUCCUCAAAGCCUUGUGUGGACACUUAUGUAUCGAACAUUAUGGAUCCCAGUUCCGGGGAGACUUGAGACAUUCUCACAGGGUAGACUCCUUGCUGCUUUUGUAGGUAUGACUCUUGAUUUUUUCCAAAGCCAUAAUUUGAUACAAUUACGUGAGAAGCAGCAGCGGCGGCGACAACAACGACAGGAUGCCAACUCGCUCGUGGAAAUGAGCUCUUUUCAGGGAGAAGCCAGCAAAACUAAAUAUAAGGACCAUACGUUGGAGCAAUUAGAAAGAGAUACUGCUGUCGAAUAUUACCGAGUCAUGCUCGACCAAAGGCUGCACGAGCUGAAGCCGGUUGCAAAAGAUCGACCAGGAUUUGAGGGAUUUGCACAAGGGAUGGCAUUGUACAAAGAAUGCCAUCAAUCAAUGUCACUGCCUCUGCAUCAGUCAAGGAAAGUGCGGCGAUGAUAAAGAUUGUCCAGCGAGGUAAAAGGGUCCAUCAAUAAAAUCCAAG